UGUCGUCCAUUCGUUGUGACCCAGACUUCAUUGGCCCUGAUCGACCGCGGCCAAGCAACAAAACCAACCAAUCAAAAUUCGAAAAUAAUAUCCCAAACAGAUAAUAUGGUCUAAGUUUUAUACACACCAUGCACUCCCCAAUAACCGGUGUACAGCAUGGCAGAAAACAAGAGAUACGAAGGCACUGUUAAGUGGUUCAAUGGACAAAAGGGUUUCGGGUUCAUUGAUCCUGAAGAUGAUAGCGGCAAUGAUCUCUUUGUUCACCAGUCGGAGAUCAAGGUAGAGGGUUUUAGGUUCCUUAGAGAUGGACAAAGGGUGGAGUUUUCUGUGGAUUCUGGUGAUGAUGGGCGGAAGAAGGCGGUGGAUGUGGUUGGGCUUGGUAGGACUAGAGGAUAUCAACCGGGUAGGGGUCGUGGGAGAAGGGGUGGUCAAGGAGAUGGCAUGAGAGGUGGGAGGUUUGGACCGGGUGGCCGUGGUGGUGGUGAUGGUGAUGGUGAAGUCGGUGGCCCACAGUGUUACAACUGUGGGCGUUUUGGUCAUUUGGCAAGGAAUUGUUACCACGGUAAUGAUUAUGGUGGUGGUGAUCAAGGCUAUGACAAUGGUCGUGGUCGUGGCCGUGGUGGUCGUGGUCGCGGUCGCGGUCGCGGUGGCCGAAGUGGAACAUGUUACCGAUGUGGGGAGGAAGGACAUUUUGCAAGAGAUUGCCCUAAUGAACAAGUUUAGUAUUUUGAUUUUAGAUUGAUGUUGAUUACAUUUUAUGUUUACACGAAUUUGCCUUUCUUUCUUUGUUUUGGUGCAUUUUAUGCCAAAGAAAAAUGUAUUUUUAAAUAUAAUUUUACACAUCAUUAAGAAUCAAGCCUAAUUCAUACUGUA